CCAUUCCACAAAUGCCUGUGGGAUAGGAGUAAUCUUAUUUAUUUGCAUAUCAAACACUGAUAUUUUUCGAAAACAUUGUCCUUUCUACGUGAAGCAAAGAUUCAUAAUUGGAGUAACCAACUAUGAGGCAAAUGUAGCAAUUUGACACCUUUAAUUUGUGGGAAACUAGCAACGUAUUCCCAAGUCCUACCAUAUAUUCGAUGUCUACCCGUAAGGAGAUUACUGAUGAUAAGGCACUGGGAAUUGAUGGAUUCAAUUCCCAUUUCUUCAAGCAAAGCUGGUUCAGUAAUAGCAACAAACCAAAUGAAGCACAGUAUAUCACAUUUCUUGAGGGUUCUUCUGGUCAUUUCCCUGAGCUUGGAGUGAACAAUUUGUGGGUGCUUUGGGAAAAGCUCCUCAACUCGUCGUCCCUGUUAAAUUUGCUUCUCGACAAGAGGCCAUUUCUUUCUCGCUCUCUCCGAUUACAUUUCCGACUGGGAGAAAUGUCAUCCUUAAUUAUAGGUCACUGCCAUUUCUGUGUUGAAGCUACUGGAACAAAGAGCAGAACUGCAAUAUGGAGGUCCCCAAGAGCAGCAGUAAUUCCAAGUUUCCACCUCCCAAUGCGCAGUUAUGAAGUUAAAAAUAGGACAUUUGCCGAGGACAUAAAAGCACUUCGAUUGAUUACUGCAAUCAAAACCCCUUAUCUACCAGAUGGAAGAUUUGAUCUUGAGGCUUAUGAUGCCUUGGUAAAUUUGCAAAUUGAAAAUGGCGUUGAGGGUGUGAUUGUUGGUGGCACUACAGGUGAAGGUCAAUUGAUGAGCUGGGAUGAACACGUCAUGCUUAUUGGUCACACAGUGAAUUGUUUUGGAGGAUCAAUCAAAGUCAUUGGAAAUACAGGUAGUAACUCCACGAGGGAAGCAAUCCAUGCGACAGAACAGGGAUUUGCUGUAGGUAUGCAUGCAGCUCUUCACAUUAACCCCUACUAUGGGAAGACCUCCAUAGAGGGUAUGAUUUCUCACUUUGACAGUGUGCUCCCUAUGGGCCCUACUAUCAUUUAUAAUGUGCCAUCACGAACUGGUCAAGACAUUCCCUCACGUGUAAUUCGUACAUUAGCAAAGAGCCCUAACCUUGCCGGUGUCAAAGAGUGUGUUGGAAAUGAUAGAGUGAAGCAUUAUACAAGUAAUGGAUUGGUCGUGUGGAGUGGGAAUGAUGAUGAAUGCCAUGACUCAAGGUGGGAUCAUGGUGCUACAGGAGUUAUUUCCGUCACCAGCAACUUGGUUCCUGGUCUGAUGCGUCAACUCAUGUUUGGAGGAAAGAACCCUGCUUUGAACUUAAAGCUAAUGCCAUUAGUUGAAUGGCUGUUUCAUGAGCCAAACCCCAUUGCUAUAAAUACAGCUUUAGCUCAACUCGGAGUCGUGAGGCCCAUCUUUCGCCUUCCAUAUGUUCCAGUUACAAAGGCAAAGAGAGAGGAAUUUGUGAAGAUCGUUGAGGAAAUUGGACGGGAAAACUUUAUAGGGGAAAGCGAUGUCCAAGUUUUGGAUGAUGAUGAUUUUAUUUUGCUUACUAGGUAUUAGCAUUUUUCUCACUUGGUGUUGAGAAGUAAGUUUUUGUUGUUACCUGUGCUUGAUUUUGGAAAUUUCUUGCUAUGAAGAUAUCUUCUUUUAUGUUCUCCUUUCUAAACAAUGCAUUCUUCUUGUUUGCUUUUCUCUUUGGGAGGCAUGUAUAUUGUAUCUGUUAGGUAACUGAAUAAUUGAAGGCAAAUAAACUUCAUACUUAUACGCUA